UCCGAAUUCCUUCCGAGGGUCGAGUCAUGUCGAUUGCGCAACUGUUGCAAAAAUUUAUCACAAAGAUACUCCGUCGACCCCCGUUCCUUCGCCCGUUCUAUCAUGAGUACCAAACUUAGUGGCACUGUCCUCAUUCACGGUGAUGGUGCUGUACAUCCAAGCGGUGGGGCUGAGGUGGCUCCGUCCAUUUCUGUUUCAUCCACAUUCAAGGCGGUCUCUCCAGAAGAAAGACUAGACAAUGUGGACUUCAAGAACCCGGAGCGACAUGUGUAUUCUCGCUACACCCAGGAAGUUAGCACUCGCGCCGAACACAUUUUGAGUAAAAUCAACGACGGCCAUGCCCUUACUUACGCGUCUGGGCUGUCUGCUGCGUAUGCAGCGCUCGUUUUCUUCAAACCCAAGCGUGUUGCAAUAAACGGAGGCUACUUUGGAUGCCAUUCUACUAUAGAAGUCUAUAGCAAAAGCAGAGAUGUAAACUUGGAGAUGAUUGACCUUGAUGAUGAGUUCCAGCCCGGUGACCUGUGCUGGUUGGAGACGCCUCUGAACCCAACAGGAGAAUCAAGGGACAUCAGUUAUUAUGCUGACAAGGUUCACAAAGCCGGAGGAAAACUUUUGGUAGACUCCACUUUUGCGCCACCACCUCUUCAGUAUCCAUUCAAAUGGGGUGCAGACUGCAUCCUUCACUCAGCGACCAAAUACUUUGGCGGUCACUCCGAUCUCCUGGGUGGCGUGCUUGUUGUAAAAACACUGGACGAAUGGACAAUUCUGCAGCAUGAUAGGACAUACCUUGGGAACGUGUUAGGAUCUCUUGAGGCCUGGCUGCUGCUUCGUUCUCUGCGUACUCUGCAUCUUCGAGUUCCUCGACAAUCCGAGACGGCGACUGUUCUAGCAAAGUGGCUCCAGUCAGCCGAACGAACACCGGCAGGCCAGACAUUCGACGGCGUUCCAGGAGGACUCGUCACCAAGGUUUGGCAUUCGUCCUUGCAGACCAAGGACGCAAGAGGGUUCGAACCUAGAUACCAACUGGAAGGCGGAUGGAAUGGCACAUUUGCUAUCCAACUGGCAACUCCCGAGCAGGCUAUCCAGCUUCCGCAUACCGUGAAAUUUUUUGUUGCUGCGACAAGUCUCGGUGGCGUAGAGUCACUUAUUGAGUACAGGGCUCGAGCCGAUCUCAGAGAAGAUCCAAGGCUGAUCAGGAUUAGCGUUGGAGUCGAAGAUGCUGAAGAUCUCAAGGAUGGGCUGCGAGUUGGACUCCAGAAGGUAGCAUCUAUUAAGAGUAGAUUAUAGCACACCUGAAAUAUAGACGUAUUUUUCACCUAG